AUGACCAUCUUCAACAUCACCAUCAUUUCAGACACCGUCUGCCCCUUCUGCUAUCUCGGCCGUGCCCGUCUCUCUCGCGUCAUCACGCUCUACCGAAAAACAGUCCCCGGCGGAUCCUCGUCGACCUUCAACAUCCGCUGGCACGCCUGCCGUCUUGACGACAAUCCUCCUGCCAAAUCGGUUCUCGUCACGGACGUGGCGGCCAAAAAGUUCGGCGCAGACAGGCUCGUUGCGAAGCGAGAGUGGAUGAGCCAGCUCGGCGCUCAAGAGGGCUUCACGUUUACGUUUGGCGGGAGGAUCGGCAAUACACGCGACUCGCACCGCGUGAUUCAACUGGGGAGAACAAAGGGCGCAGAAGUGGAGGAUCGUGGGGCGAUGGUUGUGAUGAAGAUGUUGUUCGAGGAGGGCGGCGAUAUCACUAGCUGGUAUGAUCUGGCUGGCGCCGCAGAGACAGCUGGUAUUGAGGCCGCAGAGACGAAGGCGUGGCUAGAGGGUGGCGGUGGUGAACAGGUCGAUAGCGAGGUUGAGCAGGCGCAUGCGAGGGGGUAUAGAGGCGUGCCGACAUUUAUUAUUGAUGACAGGUAUGAGGUAGACGGGGCGGCAGAUGUGUCUGACUUUCUGGAGCAGUUCGUGCUGGCGAGAGACGAGGAGAGUGCGGCGAGUAUUUAUUCGAGCCCUGAUGAGCAACGUACUGAGGGCGUUUGCUUCUUGUAG